AUGGCAAGCUUAAGGGACAAUGGGGGUGCUGAAACCUCGAAGAUUUCGCAACGCAAGUACAACAAUGUCACUUUGAGGACGUUGACUGCCCACCAGUUGAUGGCGCAGAGAGAGAAGAUGUGCGAGCUGUUCCAGCUGGUAGACGACAGUGACAGACACAGCAAGAUCGUCGACGUCGAGAGACAGAAGCAGAUCCUCGAAGAUAUGAAGAAACAGGUCGACCAGCUGAAAGACUGA